ACGCCUGCCGAAAUUUGACAAAGUCAUACUAAAAUCUGCAGUCAGCAUUUGCGAGGAAAAAUAGGGUGGCAGAUCGAAGGAAAAUUUAGCGAUAAGCACUAGAAGCAUUUAAAAGACAUGUUUAAAGAGCAAUUUUAAUCAAGCAGAAGUUUUCUCAUUAUGACUGAGAGCGUUUUUUGCAGGAGCAAGGCGUUCAGAGAGAAAGAGAAGUGUGCGCGGGAAAUUCUGCGAGCGAAGAACGAGCACGAACUGAUUGGUGAUUUAGCCAGGUUGUUUGAAGAAAAGAGCUUCUGUGAUGUAACGUUUGUUGUCAAUGAUCAAGAAUUCCCUGCACAUCUUUCAAUUCUGCGCACCAGAGUUCCUCGCUUUUGCCAGCGUUUUGUCCCCCACUUGUUAUCGCCAAAUGCUGUGCAAUCCUGCAUUUGUAUCCAGCAGCUAAAUCAAGACGAAUUUUCUGCAUUUUUAAGGUCAGUGUACCUUGACAACAAUGUCAGUGAUUACAAUCCUGAUGAAUACCCCUGGCAAGACAAAGCAGUAUGGAUAUUUCCAUGCAAUAAGACCCCAGGGAAAACUGAUCAUCCCCUAGACGUUACGGAUGCAAUACAUGACAGCAUUGAAGAAUCCAUAUUCAUAAACACUGACAUAAACCAAAGCAGCAGUGAGAGCGACUUACCAGAUUCAGACGAGAAGAUGAAGACAAGCUCUGCAAAUGAACAUACAGAAAAUGAUGAUGAUGUUAUCUUAGAAAAUGGAGUUGGGCAUGAUGACAGUAAUAUACAGCUGAGUGAAAAUGAAGGGAAAGAGAACAUAGGUUUAAAGGCAUGUUGCAAAUUGGGCAGUGACUUACUGUCCUUGAGAGAUGACAGUUUGUCUUCUGAUAUAACAUUUGUCAUAGAAAACAGCAGUAAUAUCAAAGCCCACAGGGCUAUACUCUGUGCACGCUCAAACUAUUUUUCAGCUAUGUUAUAUGGUGGUUGGUCUGAGGGACAGGGCUCAAAAAUCGUUUUGCAUGGGGUUGAUCCUUUAGCAUUCAAAACAGUUUUAAAUUUUCUGUAUGGAGGAAUAACCCACAUAGACUCGAUGACAACAAGCUUGUGUGACUUGCUACAGCUUUCAGACAUGUACUGUUUGGAGGGAUUGAAAAAUGUUAUUCAGGCACAAUUGCGCAUUGAAAAAUGCCAUCUCUUUCACAAGCCUUGUUUGGAUUGCAGUGUCGGAGUUAUGGAAACAGUGGAGAUUGCUCACAUUUUCAACUUUAUUGAAUUAAAACAAACAUGUAUAAGGUGGAUUACUAAGUAUUUUGACCGAGUCAUGGGAUUGAAGAGCUUUGCUGCUAUAAACAAACAGCUUCAAGAUGAAAUACUUGCAGAACUUCAAGGCAGCUUGACCAUAAUGAUUUGUAUAGAUCACCUAAAGAAAGUAGAUCGCUUGAAGUUCAACACUCCUCAUAUCAAGUGGGCGGAGCCUGUUCACAUAGUCCUCACUGCAUUUAUGGACUCCUGUCUCACAUUUAUUGCUCAGAACUUUCCUGUCAUAUCACAAAGGGAGGAAUUCCUGGAUAUGUUGCAGGGUGUUGGUUGGUCGGCUCCACUCCUUGAUGAAAUCUUUGCUGCUCUGGGCACUAAACUCAGCAUUGAAAACUGUUGUGAAAUGUAUAGAGCUGCAAACAAAUUGAGAGUCAGUCUGAUACAGGACUCACAGCCCAAUGAGCAAAGCCAGAAAGAUGAGUCAGAAUGCACGACUUUCGGCUAUGUGCAAUAUGCAGACCAGCUGUACAGUAGAUGUAAGGAGUUCAUAACUUCCAACUUACAUCGUGUCUCUCGCACAGAGAGCUGGGCUAAUCUUAGUCCUGAGAUGCAAUCAGAACUGCAACAAUCUCAAGACAAUUUGAUGUUCUUUGAAGUUGGUGCAAUAGAUAGAAGUAAAGAGGCGUUGAACAGUUCAUCCAAACCCCAAACCACCAGAGGGCUAAACAGGACAGGACAACCAGUUGGCCCAGCUUCCGCCUCAAGGGUGCAUGAUCGACCUGGAGCUGCUGUUAGGGCACCUAGUUCAACCUCAAGGGCCCAUAAUCAGACAGGGGCUACAGCUAGGCCAUCUAGUUCAACUAGUUCAACCUCAAGGGCCCAUAAUCAGUCAGGAGCUACAGCUAGGCCAUCUAGUUCAACCUCAAGGGCCCAUAAUCAGUCGGGGGCUACAGCUAGGCCAUCUAGUUCAACCUCAAGGGCCCAUAAUCAGUCGGGGGCUACAGCUGGGCCAUCUAGUUCAACCUCAAGGGCCCAUAAUCAGUCAGGAGCUACAGCUAGGCCAUCUAGUUCAACCUCAAGGGCCCAUAAUCAGUCGGGGGCUACAGCUAGGCCAUCUAGUUCAACCUCAAGGGCACAUAAUCAGUCGGGGGCUACAGCUAGACCAUCUAGUUCAACCUCAAGGGCCCAUAAUCAGUCGGGGGCUACAGCUAGGCCAUCUAGUUCAACCUCAAGGGCCCAUAAUCAGUCAGGAGCUACAGCUAGGCCAUCUAGUUCAACCUCAAGGGCCCAUAAUCAGUCGGGGUCUACAGCUAGGCCAUCUAGUUCAACCUCAAGGGCACAUAAUCAGUCAGGGGCUACAGCUAGGCCAUCUAGUUCCACUUCAUCUACUUCAAGGGCACUAAAUCACUCAGGGGCUACAGCUAAGCCAUCUAGUUUCACUUCAAGGGUACAUAAUCAGCCAGGGGCUACAGCAAGGCCGCCUAAUUCCUUAAAAGCUUCUGGCCCUUCAAGUUCAUCCUCAAAGGCACAACAUAACCUAUCUGGGACUACAGCUAAGCCGCCUUUUUCAACCUCAAUGGCACGUGAUUAUUCAGGGGCCACGUCUAGACCACCUAGCUCCACUACCAAGGCACGCGAUCAGUCAGACCCAUCGAAGGGAUGCAGCCUUGGAAAUGUCAGCCAGAACACUCCUGUAACAAACCGUGACGAACCACAAAGCCGACGUUUCUAUGACAACAGGACCAGUAUGCUUAGGGCUGCAAAGAUGAAUAAAUCUAAAACGCAGCCUCUGGCGAUAAGAAAGGAUGGGGUAUUAGAAAGACGUUUUAAUAGAAGUGAUCGUCGAGGUGCCAAGGCCAGUACUCGGACAAAGGAAAGUGCAACUGAUAGCGACCGGAGAAAGUCUAGCAAUGCUAACAAAAAUCAAGAUGCGAGCACUGACGACGAACCGUAUGCAUCUGGCGCAUGCGUAGAGGCUCCUGUGUCAGACGCAUGCGUAGAAGCUCCUGUGUCAGACGCAUGCGUAGAGGCUCCUGUGUCAGACGCAUGCGUAGAAGCUCAUGUGUCAGACGCAAGCGUAGAUGCUCCUGUGUCAGACGCAUGCGUAGAGGCUCCUUUGUCAGACGCAUGCGUAGAUGUUCCUGUGUCAGACGCAAGCGUAGAUGCUCCUUUGUCAGACGCAUGCGUAGAGGUUCCUAUGUCAGACGCAAGCGUAGAUGCUCCUUUGUCAGACGCAAGCGUAGAGGCUCCUUUGUCAGACGCAUGCGUAGAUGCUCCUGUGUCAGACGCAAGCGUAGAUGCUCCUGUGUCAGACGCAAGCGUAGAUGCUCCUGUGUCAGACGCAUGCGUAGAAGCUCCUGUGUCAGACGCAUGCGUAGAAGCUCCUGUGUCAGACGCAUGCGUAGAGGCUCCUGUGUCAGACGCAUGCGUAGAAGCUCAUGUGUCAGACGCAAGCGUAGAUGCUCCUGUGUCAGACGCAUGCGUAGAGGCUCCUUUGUCAGACGCAUGCGUAGAUGUUCCUGUGUCAGACGCAAGCGUAGAUGCUCCUUUGUCAGACGCAUGCGUAGAGGUUCCUAUGUCAGACGCAAGCGUAGAUGCUGCUUUGUCAGACGCAAGCGUAGAGGCUCCUUUGUCAGACGCAUGCGUAGAUGCUCCUGUGUCAGACGCAAGCGUAGAUGCUCCUGUGUCAGACGCAAGCGUAGAUGCUCCUGUGUCAGACGCAUGCGUAGAAGCUCCUGUGUCAGACGCAUGCGUAGAAGCUCCUGUGUCAGACGCAUGCGUAGAAGCUCCUGUGUCAGACGCAUGCGUAGAGGCUCCUGUGUCAGACGCAUGCGUAGAAGCUCAUGUGUCAGACGCAAGCGUAGAGGCUCCUUUGUCAGACGCAUGCGUAGAUGUUCCUGUGUCAGACGCAAGCGUAGAUGCUCCUUUGUCAGACGCAUGCGUAGAGGUUCCUAUGUCAGACGCAAGCGUAGAUGCUCCUUUGUCAGACGCAAGCGUAGGGGCUCCUUUGUCAGACGCAUGCGUAGAUGCUCCUGUGUCAGACGCAAGCGUAGAUGCUCCUGUGUCAGACGCAAGCGUAGAUGCUCCUGUGUCAGACGCAUGCGUAGAAGCUCCUGUGUCAGACGCAUGCGUAGAAGCUCCUGUGUCAGACGCAUGCGUAGAUGCUCCUGUGUCAGACGCAUGCGUAGAUGCUCCUGUGUCAGACGCAAGCGUAGAUGCUCCUGUGUCAGACGCAAGCGUAGAUGCUCCUUUGCCAGACGCAUGCGUAGAAGCUCCUGUGUCAGACGCAUGCGUAGAAGCUCCUGUGUCAGACGCAUGCGUAGAGGCUCCUGUGUCAGACGCAUGCGUAGAGGCUCCUGUGUCAGACGCAUGCGUAGAUGCUCCUGUGUGAGACGCAUGUUUAGAGGCUCCUGUGUCAGACGCAUGUUUAGAGGCUCCUGUGUUAGACACAAACGCUGAUGCUGGUACAACGAUUGACAGGGUUGCGCAUCUAGAGCGAUAGCACAGGCGAAGUGGGAGUUAUCAAGGACUAAGCGACAAUCAUGAGUGUGCGCAUGACACUCACAAAUUACAUAGGCUUUUGUGUGUUUUGUACAUUCUGAGUAAUAAAAACAACGAGAAUCUC